GAAAGAAGAAGCUGUAUAUUGGAGCAUUAUUCCCUAUGAGUGGAGGAUGGCCCGGCGGACAGGCAUGUCUCCCCGCUGCGCAGAUGGCGCUGGAACUGGUGAACAACCGCAGCGACAUUCUGCCCGACUAUGAACUAGAACUCAUCUAUUACGACAGCAUGUGUGAUCCAGGUGAAGCCACAAAGCUUCUCUAUGAUCUCCUGUACACAGAACCAAUAAAGAUUGUACUGAUGCCGGGUUGCAGCUCUGUUUCUACACUGGUGGCUGAAGCAGCUCGCAUGUGGAACCUUAUAGUGUUUUCAUAUGGCUCCAGCUCUCCUGCCCUGUCCAACAGGCAGCGGUUCCCAACAUUUUUUCGGACACACCCCUCAGCUACUCUGCAUAACCCCACUCGUGUACGCCUCUUCCAGAAGUGGAAGUGGACCAAGAUUGCUACCAUCCAACAGACAACAGAAGUCUUUACAUCGACGCUGGAUGAUCUGGAGCAGCGGGUAAAAGAAGCCAGUAUCGAGAUAAGCGUUAGACAGAGCUUCCUUACUGAUCCUGCUGUGGCUGUCAAGAAUCUAAAGCGCCAAGAUGCCAGGAUUAUCGUUGGGCUUUUCUAUGAGACUGAGGCAAGAAAGGUCUUUUGUGAGGUCUACAAGGAGAGACUUUAUGGGAAAAAGUAUGUGUGGUUCCUGAUUGGCUGGUAUGCAGACAACUGGUUUAAGAUCAAAGACCCAGCUAUUAACUGUACAGUGGAGCAAAUGACUGAGGCAGUGGAGGGACACGUCACUACUGAGAUUGUUAUGCUAAACCCUGAGACUGUCCGUGGUGCCUCAGAUCUGACUUCACAGGAGUUCCUGGCCCAGCUUAUGUCCCGACUUGGUGGAAAAAAUCCUGAGGAGACGGGAGGAUUUCAAGAGGCUCCUUUGGCGUAUGAUGCAGUGUGGGCUCUUGCUUUGGCUCUUAACAAGACGGUUGCACCAUUACAGGCGAAAGGAAGAAGACUGGAGGACUUCAACUACAAUAACCAGGACAUCACAGCAGAGAUAUACCGAGCCCUUAAUACCAGCUCAUUUGAAGGAGUAUCAGGCCAUGUAGUAUUUGAUGCGCAGGGUUCCAGAAUGGCUUGGACACUUAUUGAACAACUGCAAGGUGGAAGUUACAAAAAGAUUGGAUACUAUGACAGCACAAAAGGCAAUCUCUCUUGGUACGGAAAUGACAAAUGGAUAGGCGCUGGUCCUCCAGCAGAUCAGACAGUGGUGAUUGAAAAAUUUCGUUUCCUUUCCCAGAAGCUUUUUGUUUCUGUGUCAGUAUUUGCUGGGCUGGGAAUCCUGCUGGGUAUAGCCUGUCUCACAUUUAACAUCUACAACAGCAAUAUCAGGUAUAUCCAGAACUCUCAGCCAUACUUGAAUAACAUUACAGCAGUGGGUUGUGUGCUUGCUUUAGCUGCCGUCUUUCCACUGGGCAUGGAUGGGCUCCAUGUGCACAGGUCUCAGUUUCCUGUAGUGUGUCAGUUUCGCCUGUGGCUGCUUGGCCUUGGUUUCAGUUUGGCCUAUGGCAGCAUGUUCACUAAGAUCUGGUGGGUUCAUACUGUUUUUACUAAGAAGGAUGAGAAAAAAGAAAAGAGGAAGCACUUAGAGCCGUGGAAGCUGUAUGCAACUGUUGGUGUUUUACUGGCUGUUGAUGUUCUGUCUCUGAUGAUCUGGCAGAUUGUCGACCCUUUGCACGUUACUGUAGAGAAGUUUACUAAAGAAGCUCCUAAAGGAGAUCUGGAUGUGUUGAUUCAGCCUUUACUGGAGCACUGCAGCUCUGAGAAGAUGAACACAUGGCUUGGUGUGGUGUAUGGUUAUAAGGGUCUUCUUCUGCUGCUUGGCAUCUUUCUGGCCUAUGAAACCAAGUCCAUAUCCACUGAGAAGAUUAAUGACCACAGAGCUGUUGGCAUGGCCAUUUACAACGUAGCUGUUCUUUGUAUGAUCACCGCUCCAGUGACAAUGAUCCUCUCCUCUCAGCAGGACGCCUCUUUUGCCUUUGCCUCUCUGGCUAUUGUGUUCUCUGUCUACAUAACCCUGGUAGUGCUCUUUGUGCCCAAGAUGCGACGUUUGAUUAUGCGUGGGGAGUGGCAGUCUGAGCAGCAGGACACGUUGAAAACAGGAUCAUCAACCAACAACAAUGACGAUGAAAAAUCCAGACAGCUUGAGAGAGAGAACCGCGAACUUCAGAAGAUUAUUCAGGAGAAAGAGGAACGAGUUACCGAACUACGAAGUCGAUUGGCAGAACGGCAGGCUCUAAGAGCUCGGAAACCAUCAUGUCAGAACCAAAACCAGAACCACAGCGCUUCACCUCCUGCUUCAUCAGAGCCACCUGGCUACUCACCCAGCAAAGAGCAGCAUUCAGUACCUCCUUCUUUCUCCAACAACUCCUCGCUCUACCAGGAAGAAGGAAAGCUGAGCCGAAACCACUGCCACAACAGCCGUUUGCCUCUGCUCUACAAGUGACCGAGCAGGACUAGACCUAAACAGGCUGUGUGUUCACGUGAGUCACCAUUGUGUAGUUUAAACUUACUUUAUUCAAA